AUGGCAGCGGGCAGCAGCGCGGCUCCUGAAGAAAAGCCGAGCGGCACUCCUGCGCGAAGGGCUGUCCACAAGAUCCGCAUGGCCAGCCUAGUCGUCAGCUUGGCUCGAGGCUGGCAGCAGUGGGCGUCUGACCACCAUGUAAAGCAAGCCCAAGAGCCCCCCGGAUGGGUCCCUCCUGCAGGAGACUCAUCAACUCAGCCUGGACAAGAAAGAGCCUUUGAAAAAUGGCCAAUUCCGUCUGUCAAGAAGGACCAAGGGAAAGAUGACGGGAAGUCCUCAGCAAAGGAAUCAGGGACAAUAAGAGAUGCUGAAAAAAAUGCAAGAGAAUCAGAGGAAGCCCUCAAAAAGUUCAGCAUUAAAAGCAAAGAGGUGACCAAAACGGUGGUAAGCAAAGCCUACGAGCGAGGAGGUGAUGUGAGCCUCCUCAGUGGAAGGUACGACAACAACAGCAGCUCAGAGAUGACCAAGCUCAGAGAAGAAUCGAGUGCUAUCGACAAAAUUCUUAGUGGCAAAUUAUCUCCAACCAUAAGAAGAAAGUGUUCAAACGUGGUAUCAGAGCUGACCAAGGGCUGGAAACAGAUGGAACAAGAGGACAAAGAGGGGACUAAGGAAGAACUGCUGCUGAAGGGUCGUGACGACAGCCUGGACGCAGAGGACAGCGGCUAUGGGGAAGCCGAGGACAAACUCGAGCAUGAAGACAGCGACCGAGAGGCGACAGCUGUGAGGAUUAAACGACCUGCUCCUUCUCUCACAAGCCGGUUCAGCGAAGACGCGCGCAGCAAAGCCCAGAGGACAUACAGCCCCGUUCACAGCCUGAAGGACCGAUGGCAAGAGUGGGCCAACCAGCACAUCACCACUCAGAAGCUGAACCCCUUCAGCGAGGAGUUUGACCACGAGCUGGCCAUGUCCACGCGCCUGCACAAAGGAGACGAAGGCUACGGCCGGCCAAAGGAGGGAACCAAAACUGCCGAAAGAGCCAAGAGAGCCCAGGCCCACAUCCACCGCGAGAUCAGGGACCUGUGCUUCAUCAUCGAGUCCAUGGCCGAGCCACGGCCCGACGGCAAGAUCCAGGUCACCUUCGGGGAACUCUUCGAGAGAUACGUUCGUAUUUCAGACAAGGUCGUUGGGAUUCUCAUGAGAGCCAGGAAACACGGGCUGGUGGACUUUGAGGGAGAAAUGUUAUGGCAAGGACGGGAUGACGAUGUCAUAAUUACUUUAUUAAAAUGA